CCUUGUUUCGCUCUGUCGUUCUGCAUAUCUGUUUCUUUUCUCUUUUCCUCCUCCCCUGCUUCUUCCCUCCUAGCCAUCCCUCACAGUCCUAGAAUGGGUCUCCCUUGCGGGUGGUUUCUCUCCCCUCCUUUACCUCUUUGUUUGUAUUGCUCUCGCCCUCUCCCGGCCUUGCCAGCAUCUCUCCUCCCCCGCCUGGCUCCGGCCUCCCCCUACCUCCCCAUCUUCAGCUCAGUCUCCUCCUCCUAGCUCCUCUCCCCUCCCCUCAGCCUCACCCCACUCCCCGCCCGCAUGCCAGGAUUUCUUUCCACUCUGGGGGUCUCUGUACCUCUCAUUCUCCUCUCCACCUGCCUCCUCCCUCACCCCAGGGUUAGUGGGCACCCAUUCUUUUCUACCUGGGCAUCCCCCCACCACCCCGAUCAAUGCCACUGCCUCUUUUUCCCACCUCUCCUCUCUUCUCUCUGCCCCUUUAAAUCUGUUGGCCCAGCCCUUCCCUCCCCCCUCUCCGUGAUGCUGGGAUGGAGCAAACAUUGAUUUGUGCUGGGAUGGAAUCGGAAUUUUGAUUUUUUUUUUCCUCUCCCAACCACACAAGAAGAAAAAAAUAAUAAAAACACCCCCUCUUGAUAGCCCCCUCCCCCUAUCCUCCCAGCUUCCAGCUCCUCUUCCUAUCUCCAGCUGAAGCAGAUUUUCCCCCCUACACUAUUCUCAUCACCCCCCCCAACCCCUGCCACCAGCUCGCCUCCCCCCAUCCCACUAGCUUGCUCCUCCAGCUGGGGAGAGAGGGGACUUUGCCACAGCUCCCCCACCUUCCUUCUCUGGGUUGGAGCAGCCUCUCCGGAAGAGGAGGGGGCUUGGCUUAUCCGGGUGAGGUGGGAGUGGAGGUUUCCUGCCAUGGAUGCUGUGCCUGGGAGGCAGCCUGAGCCGCAGCCCACUUGCCACUCAGGAUGAGGGUCCCGCCCUGCCUGCCCGCGCUGGGGCCCCUCCGCCCAGCCCGGGUCUAACUGCCCCCGUCCCCAGGCCUCGCCCGGCCACCAAGACCCCAGCCGGCUCUCCACCCCCAGGAUGCGCUGAGCCGCCGGGGGGCUGAGGCCGCGCCAACUACAUGCAUGUCCCCCGGGGGCAAGUUCGACUUUGACGACGGGGGCUGCUACGUGGGGGGCUGGGAGGCGGGGCGGGCACAUGGCUACGGCGUGUGCACGGGGCCCGGCGCCCAGGGCGAGUACAGCGGCUGCUGGGCACACGGCUUCGAGUCGCUGGGCGUCUUCACCGGGCCUGGUGGACACAGCUACCAGGGCCACUGGCAGCAGGGCAAGCGCGAAGGGCUGGGCGUGGAGCGCAAGAGCCGCUGGACGUACCGCGGCGAGUGGCUGGGCGGGCUGAAGGGGCGCAGCGGCGUGUGGGAGAGCGUGUCCGGCCUGCGCUACGCCGGGCUCUGGAAGGACGGCUUCCAGGACGGCUAUGGCACCGAGACCUACUCCGAUGGAGGCACCUACCAGGGCCAGUGGCAGGCCGGGAAGCGCCACGGCUACGGGGUGCGCCAGAGUGUACCCUACCAUCAGGCGGCGCUGUUGCGUUCACCCCGUCGCACCUCCCUGGACUCCGGCCACAGCGACCCUCCGACGCCACCUCCGCCCCUACCCCUGCCAGGAGACGAGGGAGGCAGCCCAGCCUCAGGCUCCCGGGGCGGCUUCGUACUGGCCGGUCCCGGGGACGCCGACGGCGCGUCCACCCGAAAGCGCACCCCUGCGGCCGGGGGAUUCUUCCGCCGCUCGCUGCUGCUCAGCGGGCUCCGGGCUGGUGGGCGCCGCAGUUCCCUGGGCAGCAAGAGGGGAUCCCUGCGCAGCGAGGUGAGCAGCGAGGUGGGCAGCACUGGACCCCCGGGCUCCGAGGCCAGUGGGCCCCCAGUUCCAGCACCACCCGCCCUCAUCGAGGGCUCGGCCACUGAGGUGUACGCGGGCGAGUGGCGUGCCGACCGGCGCAGCGGCUAUGGCGUGAGCCAGCGCUCCAACGGGCUGCGCUACGAGGGCGAGUGGCUGGGCAACCGGCGGCAUGGCUACGGGCGUACCACCCGCCCGGACGGCUCUCGUGAGGAGGGCAAGUACAAGCGCAACCGCCUGGUGCAUGGGGGCCGUGUCCGCAGCCUCCUGCCUCUGGCCCUCCGACGGGGCAAAGUCAAGGAGAAGGUGGACAGGGCUGUCGAGGACGCCCGUCGAGCUGUGAGUGUUGCCCGCCAGCGCCAGGAGAUCGCCGCUGCCAGGGCAGCAGAUGCCCUCCUAAAGGCAGUGGCAGCCAGCAGCGUCGCCGAGAAGGCUGUGGAGGCAGCACGAAUGGCCAAACUGAUAGCCCAGGACCUGCAACCCAUGCUGGAAGCCCCAGGCCGCAGACCCAGGCAGGACUCAGAAGGUUCUGACACAGAGCCCUUGGAUGAGGACAGCCCUGGGGUGUAUGAGAAUGGACUGACUCCUUCAGAGGGCUCCCCCGAACUGCCCAGCAGCCCUGCCUCUUCCCACCAACCCUGGCGACCCCCUGCCUGCUGCAGCCCACUGCCUUCUGGAGGGGACUGGGGACCCUUCUCCAGCCCCAAAGCAUGGCCCGAGGAGUGGGGGGGCCCAGGUGAGCAGGCAGAGGAACUAGCUGGCUAUGAGGCUGAGGAUGAGGCUGGGAUGCAGGGGCCAGGUCCCAGAGAUGGUUCCCCACUCCUUGGAGGCUGCAGUGACAGCUCAGGAAGUCUUCGAGAGGAGGAGGGGGAAGAUGAAGAGCCGCUGCCCCAGCUGAGGGGUCCUGGAGGCUCAGAGUCAGAGCCUGUUGCCACACUGGUCCUGAGGGGCCCAUCCUCAAGGGAAACUGAUGCCGGCUGCCUGACUGAAGAGUUGGAGGAGCCUGCAGCAAUAGAGAGGCCUGCCCAGCCGGGAGCUGCCAACCCCCUGGUGGUGGGAGCCGUAGCCCUCCUGGACCUCAGCCUGGCGUUCCUGUUCUCCCAGCUCCUCACCUGAGGCAACUUCCUGGCCUCCUUCUGGCUUGGUCACCUGCCUCUCCACCCCUUUGACCUGCCUUUUUCUCCUUUCCUCCUCCUGGUUGUGUUCCUCCUAUCUUUCUUUCUCUUGUUCCUUUCUUUUCUGUGCCCCCUUACUUUUGUCUCUUGCUUUUUCCUUCUCUCUCUUCUUUCAGAUUAUCUCAUUUAUUCU